AUGUCCACCCUCCCUACAACUCAAGGGAAAACUGUCCCAGAUGCCUCUGACUACAAAGGCCACCCCGCCGAGAGGUCCAAAACCGGUGGUUGGAUCGCAUCCGCCAUGAUAUUAGGAGGAGAAGUGAUGGAGAGGUUGACGACACUGGGAAUAGCAGUGAACUUGGUCACAUAUUUGACUGGGACCAUGCAUUUGGGUAAUGCUGCCUCUGCCAACGUUGUUACCAACUUCUUGGGAACCUCCUUUAUGCUCUGUCUGCUUGGUGGCUUCCUCGCCGAUACGUUCCUCGGAAGAUACCGCACCAUCGCCAUCUUCGCAGCUGUUCAAGCCACUGGUGUUGCGAUAUUGACGAUAUCAACCAUAAUUCCGAGCCUGCACCCACCAAAGUGCGCGCAAGACACCGUGUCACUUUGCGUGAGAGCGGAUCAGAAACAGUUAAUGGUGCUGUAUCUGGCGCUUUACUUAACGGCUCUUGGCACUGGUGGUUUGAAAUCGAGUGUGUCAGGGUUCGGUUCGGAUCAGUUCGAUGAUUCGGACAAAGAUGAGAAGAAGCAUAUGAUAAAGUUCUUCAACUGGUUCUAUUUCUUCGUGAGCUUAGGGUCCCUGGCCGCAGUGACGGUUCUUGUGUAUGUGCAAGACAACAUAGGACGAAGAUGGGGUUAUGGUAUCUGUGCGGUUGCGAUUCUUGUGGCUCUUCUCGUGUUCUUGUCGGGUACGAGGAAGUACCGGUUCAAGAAACUUGUGGGUAGUCCACUCACUCAGAUUGCAGAAGUGUUUGUGGCUGCUAUUAGGAAGAGGAACUUGGAAUUGCCCUCUGAUUCCUCGUUGCUCUUCAAUGAUUAUGACACCAAGAAGCAGACCAUGCCGCAUAGCAAGCAGUUUCGUUUCUUGGACAAAGCUGCAAUCGUGGAUUCGUCAGAAUCGGGUGGUGGAAUGAAGAGGAAGUGGUAUCUUUGCACUUUAACAGACGUGGAAGAGGUGAAAUUGGUGAUAAGAAUGCUUCCCAUAUGGGCGACCACCAUCAUGUUUUGGACGAUACACGCUCAAAUGACAACAUUCUCGGUGUCACAAGCGACCACCAUGGACCGUCACAUAGGAAAAACAUUUCAAAUUCCGGCAGCAUCGAUGACCGUUUUCUUAAUCGGAACGAUUCUGCUAAUUGUCCCCUUUUACGACCGUUUCAUUGUUCCGGUGGCAAGGAAAGUGCUUAAGAACCCACAUGGGUUGACCCCUUUGCAACGCGUAGGAGUUGGUUUAGUGUUCUCAGUGUUGUCCAUGGUGGCAGCGGCACUGAUAGAAAUAAAGAGGGUGAGAUAUGCAGAAUCGCAUGGUUUGGUAGAUAAGCCAGAAGCAAAGAUCCCAAUGACCGUGUUCUGGUUGAUCCCACAAAAUUUCUUGGUGGGGGCAGGGGAGGCCUUUAUGUACAUGGGGCAGUUGGACUUUUUCCUUAGAGAGUGCCCCAAAGGGAUGAAGACAAUGAGCACAGGAUUGUUCUUGAGCACACUGUCUUUGGGGUUUUUCUUUAGCUCCUUGUUAGUGUCUAUAGUGAACAAACUGACAGCACAUGGUAGGCCAUGGCUCGCAGAUAAUCUUAACCAAGGGAGGCUCUAUGACUUUUACUGGCUUUUGGGCAUACUGAGUGCCAUAAAUGUGGUGUUAUUCUUGGUUUGUGCUAAAUGGUACGUUUACAAGGAGAAGAGGCUUGCUGAGGAGGGUAUAGAGUUGGAAGAAACAGAUGAUGCUGCUUUCCAUGGCCAUUGA